CCCUAACUCCUCCCACGCUACAAAUCUCUAGCUCAGUACGUAGGUACAAAUCAAUGGCGUCCCCGGCUGCCUCCUCGGUCCUCUUCCUCGUCCUUGCCGCCUUUGCGGCCGGCGCCAGCGCGGCCACCUUCACCGUCACCAACAACUGUGGCUUCACUGUGUGGCCGGCGGCCACCCCUGUCGGCGGGGGCCGGCAGCUCGACCCGCACCAGACGUGGACCUUCGACGUGCCCGCCGGCACCAGCUCCGGCAGGGUCUGGGGCCGCACGGGGUGCUCCUUCAACGGCGGCAGAGGGAGCUGCCAGACCGGCGACUGCGGGGGCGCGCUCUCCUGCACCCUCUCCGGGCAGCCCCCCCUGACGCUGGCCGAGUUCACCAUCGGCGGCGCCCAGGACUUCUACGACAUCUCGGUGAUCGACCGCUUCAACAUCGGCAUGGCCUUCUCCUGCAGCACCGGCGUCGGCCUGGUGUGCAGGGACUCCAGCUGCCCCGACGCGUACCACCAGCCCAACGAAAUGAAGACCCAUGCGUGCAACGGCAACAGCAACUACCAGGUGACCUUCUGCCCAUGAGGCGGUGGUCCAACGUACGAUGCGCGCAUGCAUUGGCAUGAGGCGGUGGUCGAACGAUGCAUAUAUAUGUAGCGCCUAAAAUACGUAGUGUUGCGUCGUAUUAUCACGUACGUAUUGUAGCUAGCCGCUGUACGUAUACGUAUACGUACGAGCGGAGAAUAAAGUUGAUGAAUAAGACGAUGCAUGUCGUGAAAAGUCGUCCAUGCGUGCAUACAUGUGUACCUUUGAUUUAUGUACCCUUCAAGAUAUGGAUGAUGUCUUUCUCAAA